UGCAUAGACUUUCCAAACAAGCCAUUCUCAAAACUAAUAGAAAAAAUAUCGAAUUUGAUUUAAUACGCCAUGCCAAUGUCUUGCAAGCUAUUCGAUUUUUAAUGGAUAGUGGAAUCGAUAAUAGAUUUAAUGAGAGUAAUAUUGGAGACGGCUUGAGAUAUAUUGUUACAGAUCAGCAUCUUCAACCACUUCUCACAGGAUGGUAUAUAACUGAAGAUUUACUUUCAGAAAAUAUAUCUAAAGAAGAGACGAGUAUAGUUUCAGAAGACUCCAGAAUUAUCAACAUUCGGGUUCGACAAUGGCUAACUAACGUUGAAAUUCGAUCAUUAAAAUUAACAAGUCGCCUUGAUGAUAAUAAUGCUUUAAAGGAUGGUCUUUUUGCUGCAUAUUCUGAAUAUAUGAAACAGCAAUUUUACAUCUAUAUCAAACUUCAUAUUGGAGAUGUUGUAAAUAUAAAAGAAGAAGACAACGAAUCCUAUGCUAUUGUUAGAAGAAUUUUUACUCAUAAGAAUAAUGAUGGACUUGUAUACUUCUUUGUAUGGAUCGAUUGGCUAAAAAAUACUAAGCAUACAGAUUUUCUUUUAAGAUGUCCAAUAUUUGAAAGACAAACAGAUUCAGAUACGAAGUGGUAUCGUAUUUAUCCAAUUUCAGUUCUUAAUGACAUUUCAAAA